AUGAAGACUCAAAUGUACGGCAUGCUCGCUCUGGCAGCGGCAGCCAAGCUGGCCAACGCCCACACCACCGUCUUCGCCGCCUGGAUCAACGAUGAGGACCAGGGCACCGGCAACACCGCCGCUGGCUACAUCCGCAGCCCUCCCAGCAACAGCCCCAUCAAGGAUGUCACCUCGACCGACAUGACCUGCAACGCCAACAACGUCGCCACGGCCAAGACGCUCGAGGUCAAGUCGGGCGACAAGUUCACCUUCGAGUGGCACCACGACAGCCGCACCGACAGCGACGACAUCAUCGCCUCGUCCCACAAGGGCCCCGUCCUUGUCUACAUGGCCCCCACCACCAAGGGCGCCUCCGGCAGCGGCUGGGUCAAGAUCGCCGAGGAUGGCUACUCCGGUGGCACCUGGGCCGUCGACACCCUGAUCACCAACAAGGGCAAGCACUCCAUCACCAUCCCCGACGUCCCCGCCGGCGAGUACCUGCUCCGCCCCGAGAUCAUCGCCCUCCACGAGGGCAGCACCAAUGGCGGUGCCCAGUUCUACAUGGAGUGCGUCCAGGUCAAGGUCACCUCGGACGGCGCCAGCACCCUGCCCGAAGGUGUCUCCAUCCCCGGCACCUACACCGCCGAGGACGCCGGCAUCCUGUUCGACAUCUACAACAGCUUCGACAGCUACCCCAUCCCCGGCCCCUCCGUCUGGGACGGCGCCUCGGGCUCGGGCUCGACCGCCGCCACCAGCUCGGCCGCCGUCAAGGCCGAGGCCUCGUCCACCCCCGUCGCCUCGUCGACCAGCGUCGAGGCCGCCGCCGCCGCCGUCUCCACCCCGGCCACCACUGCCGCCUCUUCUCCCUCCACCACCCCGGCUGCUGCCGACAACGGCGCCGUGACCGAGACCGCCUACACCACCGAGGACGUCGUUGCCACCACCUUCGCCACCGUCACCGCCGGCGGCCAGGCUGCCUCUACUCCGGCCACCUCUGCCGCCGCUGAGGCCACCCCUGCCACUGGCUCUUCCUCCGGUUCCGUCCAGGCCUACGGCCAGUGCGGUGGCUCCGGCUACUCUGGCUCCUCUUCCUGCGCUUCCGGCUACACCUGCAAGGAGUGGAACGCGUACUACUCCCAGUGCGUGAGCAGCUCUUAA